AUGGAGAAUCAUCCGCCGAACAGAGGAAUGCGGAAUCAAGAGCACAGUCAUACUCGAAUCUCUCAGUGCUUCAGGGUCGCGAAAAGACCUUCUGAGAAUGCAUCUAACUUCUCCACUCCUUUUCCUAAAAGAAUCAAGGAAUCAAUGGCUACUGAAUCACUCCCUCACACCUUCAAAAGGGUUCCACUUAUGGAGUUAUCAACGAAUACAACUCCUCACAAACGCCUUAAAGUAGGGUUUGAGUCAUCUCAUGUUGGUGGCGUGAGUAUUCCUUCUCCUGAUUUUAGUCUGGAUAAGGAGGUUUUAGAUGCAUCUCGUUCUGAGGUUUCAUCAGACACGUUUGUUACUCCCUUGAAAGAGGAGUCAGAAAGAGUUUCACUAAGCUAUGGUGGUUGCUCUACUUCCUCACUUCUUGAUGAUGAGAUUGAUGAUUCCAUUUUGGAAGAGAUUGACGCUAUCUGUGAACAGUCAGCGAGGAAAAUAGCGAAAAUAGCUUGUCAAACUCCAAGUACUAGUAUAAAUCUGACACCGUUGAAAGAUAAUGAGUGCAGUGAUCUUAAGGUUGAUUUGGGUUUUAGUGCUGUGAAAAUGUCUGAGCCAGACUCCGAGGUUAAAUUGGAGCUCAAUGAAGAAGCCACUGUUGCUGCUGAUCCUGCAUUGAUCAAUAGCAUGCCUGAGGAGUGUUCAAAAUAUAUGCAGUCUUUGAAUGAUAGACAGCGUGAUGCUGCUUGUAGUGAUAUUUCAACUCCUUUGAUGGUUAUCGCUGGGCCUGGAAGUGGAAAGACUUCCACCAUGGUUGGCCGUGUCUUAGUGUUGCUCAGUGAGGGUCUACUUCCAUCAAAUAUCCUUGCAAUGACUUUCACUACAGCGGCAACUGCUGAGAUGAGAGAGCGCAUAGGAAAAUCUGCUGGAAAGAAGGCAGCCAAAGAAAUAACAAUCAGCACAUUCCAUUCAUUUUCUUUACAGCUUUGCCGGAUGCAUGCAGACAAGUUACAACGUACAUCUGAAUUUUCAGUGUAUGGACAUGGGCAACAAAGAAGAGCAAUUAUUGAAGCAGUGCGUUUAUAUGAGGAAGGGAAGAACGGAAGCAGUACUUCCGUUGCAUGUGAAUCUGCGGAAGCUCUCAAUGGAGCCGGUGCUGGAGCAGUAUGUCCUGAAUAUGUCAAGGAUAGAUCAAAGAAAUGGCAAAAAUAUGUGACCCAGGCAAAGGCUUCGGGUAGAACUUCGGAGGAGUGCCGUAAGAUGGGCAAUGAGAUAGGAGCUAAAAUUCUUGGAAACUACAGUGAUAUCCUUAAAGAGUGCGAUGCUCUGGACUAUCAUGAUUUGAUCAGUUGUUCGGUCACCCUGCUCUCCGACUUUCCUGAAGUAUUUAAGGAAUGCCAAGAUACGUGGAAAGCCAUCAUAGUUGAUGAAUUCCAGGACACUAGCACAAUGCAGUACAAGCUUUUACGAAUGCUAGGAUCUCACAAUCACAUAACCAUUGUUGGUGAUGAUGAUCAGUCCAUCUUCGGUUUUAACGGGGCGGACAGUUCAGGAUUUGAUUCCUUUCGCAGAGAUUUCCCAAAUUACAAAGAGGUCCGGCUGAUAAAAAACUAUCGCUCCUCCCGCCAUAUUGUGGAAGCUGCAUCUUCUAUUAUAAAAAACAACACGAAGCGGUGCCAAUCUAAAAGCAUUUCGGCUGAAAACUCUCAGGGAUCUAAGGUUACUGUCAAGGAAUGCCAUAACGAGGAAGCACAAUGUGCAUUUGUUAUUGACAAAAUAAUUGAAAUGACGAAUGAUGCCUCAAUGCCUUGUUGCUCCCAUGGAGAUAUUGCCAUCUUGUAUAGGAGGCAGGUGUCAGGUAAAGUCUUCCAAAAUGCAUUCCGGCAGAGGAAAAUACCAUUUAAUGUUCAUGGUGUCGCUUUCUACAGAAAAAAGGUAGUUGUACGGAUCAUUUUGGCCAUGCUGAGAACAACAUUUUCCGAAUGUGAUGAUGCUUCGUAUCGGCGAGUGUUUAAGGCAUUACUUCCUUUUGAGAAAGAGGAAAAGAAAAGGGUUAUAGAUCAUAUUGACAAAAUCUCCACUAGUAGGAAAUGCAGCUUCAUUUUAGCCGCAAGUGAUAUCUUCAGUGCCAAAAUUUCUGGUACCUUCAAGAGGAACCAGCUUACCCAGGGACGUAAAGUGCUGCAAACUCUUGACAUGAUAGCAAAGCUCGUUGAUAGGGAACAAUCACUUUCAGCUGUAGUAACAUGUGUGGCAAAUAUGAUACCGCAGAAAUACCUUCUUGAGAAGCGAGCAGUUGUGGAUAACGAUGGCGGAAAACUGCUUAAUGAAGACAACGAUCUUAGAUCUGUUCUCCAAUACUUAAUGGAUGAUGUAGCUGAGUUUAUUUCUACUUAUUGCACCACAACUGGAGAAGAAGUGGAUGAAAUCAAAGAAAAGAAAGGCUGCAAUCAACUUAAUUCAUUUGUCAACUACAUCUCCGAGCGCGAGACUGAAAAUUUUCGUUUAAGAAGACAUGACAAUGAAAAUUCUGUCACAUUAACCACCAUUCAUCAGUCUAAAGGUUUGGAGUGGGACGUAGUUUUCAUAAUCAAGGCUAAUGAUAACGAGAUUCCCCUAUUACAUGAGUCUAACGGCACUGCAUCGGAGGGUGGAACAUCACUUGAGGAAGAGCGACGCCUUCUGUAUGUUGCUAUGACUCGUGCUCGCAAGAAAUUAUUUUUCUUGUACGUAACAGUGGAUUCAAACUGGCAGGUGCUUCAACCAUCACGAUUUCUUAAAGAGAUUCCGAGCCAUCUUCUACAGGGAGACCUGAGCAUAAAUGACUGCAGACAAGUUAAUCAAAACCUUCCAAACAAGACUGAGCAAAGUGUCUCUAAUUUUGGGACAGAGUUAAAGCAUGAAGAUAAUAAACCAACUGAUAACAAUAUGAUGAACAUUCCAGUAGAUGAUGCUACCGAGGAGUCAAUAGAAGCUGCAUGUGCACUCAAUGGGAACAAUUUCCUUAAGAGGUUUGAUGUGGAGGUUAGAUCAGUUGUCUCUCACUUAUUUCACAAUUGGGCUAAGAAACAAGCCUUCCAGGACCCGAAGAGGCUGAUUGACAAAGUAAGGUUUGUGGUCGGUGAACGUUUGGCCAUCAAGAAGGAGAAACACAAGGAUGUCUUACGGGAACUUAAAUCAUCAUUGACUUCCGAAGAAGCGUUCCAGUACGCUGAACAUGUACUUAGGUGGGAAAAACUUCCUGCAGACACACGGGCUCAUAUAAUGCGAGAGAAACAGGAGCAUUUUCAAAAACUUAGAAUUGAAAAUUCAAUGGGUACAUCAGAAGCAACGAGUAAACAGAUCGCAUUUCUGCAUAGUCUAGGAUGCACGGUGGUCCCAACAUCACGUCUCCAUGCGUCCCGUUUGAUCGAGCAGUACAAAUCACUGUGA